CGUGUAGACACGCCCCUCAAAAACCAGUCUUUAUAGGAUAUCUCAUCAACGCGUCGUAGAAUCCUCGGCAAAGGGCAGACAAGUGGAACUACGACUGAGAAUCCAAACUUUCAGAAGACUUUUCAUCUACCGAGCAGCUGAUGUUCCAACAAGUUCGACCAAAAGAGUGAGACAAAGUCAAGGCUUCUUCAAAACCACCCGCAUAACUGUGGGAGCGCUCGAGUAACGUCUCGCGAUAGAAACUCUUUAAAAAAAUGACUGCUUUUUGAACGAUAUUAUCACUGGAAGAUUCAAGAACUGCUGACAUUUUUGAAAGUGAAGAAGAACACCUCUCAAUAAUAGUUCACCCACCGGCACAAUGGACUCCGGAAAGAAAAUAACCUUUCCGCUGUUGAUGAGUGUUGGAACAGCUGUGAUCGGCUCGCUGCAGUUCGGCUACAACACGGGUGUCAUCAACGCUCCUCAAAAGAUUAUUGAGAACUUUAUCAACAACACAUGGCUCGAACGCUACCAAGAGCCCAUCACCAAAAGCUCCCUCACGGCCAUUUGGUCCAUCUCUGUUUCAAUCUUCUCUAUUGGAGGCAUCUUCGGCUCAUUUUCAGUUGGACUCUUUGUCAACCGCUUUGGAAGGAGGAACUCCAUGCUCAUGGCUAACAUUCUAGCCUUCAUCGCAUCUGCUCUGAUGGGAUUUUCAAAGAUGGCGAGCUCAUGGGAAAUGCUAAUCAUUGGCCGUUUCGUGGUCGGCCUUUAUUCCGGCCUCUCCACCGGCUUCGUGCCCAUGUAUGUGGGCGAGGUCUCCCCGACUGACCUGCGGGGCGCCCUCGGCACGCUGCACCAGCUGGGUAUUGUCGUUGGCAUCCUGAUAGCACAGGUGUUUGGUCUGGAGGUGAUCAUGGGCAACGACGAGCUGUGGCCGCUGCUCUUAGGCUUCAUCUUCAUCCCGGCUAUAAUUCAGUGUGUCCUGCUGCCUCUGUGCCCAGAAAGUCCUCGAUAUUUACUUAUCAAUAAAAAUGAAGAGAACAAAGCUAAAUCAGUUCUGAAGAAGCUCCGAGGCACCCAUGACGUGAGCUCUGACAUGCAGGAGAUGAAGGAGGAGAGCCGGCAGAUGAUGAGAGAGAAGAAAGUGACAAUCCUGGAGCUUUUCCGCUCGCCGCUCUAUCGUCAGCCCCUCCUCAUCGCUGUCAUGCUGCAGCUGUCCCAGCAGCUGUCUGGUAUCAACGCUGUUUUCUAUUACUCUACGCUAAUCUUUGAGAAAGCCGGAGUGGCGCAGCCUGUCUACGCCACCAUUGGAGCCGGUGUUGUUAACACUGCUUUCACUGUUGUGUCUUUGUUUGUCGUUGAGCGUGCAGGACGUCGGUCUCUUCACCUCCUGGGUCUGUUGGGAAUGGCUGGAGCUGCUGUCCUAUUGACAAUAGCCUUGGCUCUGCUGGAUCAACUUAGCUGGAUGUCCUACGUGAGCAUUGUGGCCAUCUUCGCCUUUGUGGCCUUCUUUGAGAUCGGACCAGGUCCCAUUCCUUGGUUCAUCGUGGCCGAGUUGUUCUCACAGGGACCCAGGCCCUCAGCCAUCGCCGUAGCCGGCUUCUCCAACUGGACGGCCAACUUCAUAGUGGGAAUGUGCUUCCAGUAUGGGCAGGAGCUGUGUGGUCCCUACGUCUUUAUUAUCUUCGUCGUGUUCCUGCUCCUCUUCUUCAUCUUCACCUACUUCAAAGUGCCAGAGACAAGGGGGCGGACGUUCGACGACAUCGCUGCCGGAUUCCGUCAGACAGCCGGCGGGGGAGGAGAAAAGCACAAUCCCGAGGAGCUCAACAGCUUGGGAGCCGACUCUCAGCUCUAAACUCACAAACUUUUCUUUAAGAACCCGCUGCAGACCAAGAGCGAACUUCAAAGGUCUGUUUACCAUGACGUAGACAGAUUGUUUAGGAUCUUUUUCACCUCGUCACCACAUUUCGGGAGUCGCCAGCAAACGCGUGGACACAUCGUGACAUCUCCUGUAGCUCCAGAACAGAAGGAACUGGAUGGGCACCGAGUGCCAGUUUGGAUGCAAGCAGAGAGAGGAGCUGAGACAGAGAGUUUUUAAACAAAGUAUUUUUUAGAAGGAAAAGGUGUCUGCAUCAACCAACCCCAUUUUUAAUGUGUCUUUUUCACUGUGUCUUUUACCAAUCUAUAUUUCUAACUUUUUGUUUUCUGUUACAUUACAGGGUGUUUGUUGUUGUAGGACUACGUUAAGUUUGCAAAAACUAUUUUAUAGAUUAUACUGUAAUACUGCAUCACUGUAGACUCACACUGUAGAUGCUGCACAGUCUACUGCUUUCUCUCUUGGAGGAAAAGACAUUUUUAUUUGUACUUACUGACUGCACAAACUGUGAUGUUAUUUGCAGAGAUAAUCUGAACGUUCUCCACCCCAAAUUCAACGUUUUUGUUAAAAAUGUUUUACUCCAUUUUUAGAGAACGUUUUAUUCCAGUCGCAAAGAAUUGUUCAUUCCUGUAUUUUAAUACCAUUCCAAAAUCGGACAUUAGUUGUUGAAGAUGGGGAGCUGGAACUCAUUUUUACAUUUUCUUAGAACAUUUUUAAUCAGAAAUACAAAGUAACAAAGCAUGAAAGAAAGUCCAUUUUAGGUCAAGAAAGAGACUGUCGCUGUUUCCAGUCAGGAUCUGUUCUCUGAACGUGAAGCAGAGAAAUCCUGCGGACCAAAACGUCUGCUGGCCCUGAGGAAGACUCCCAUCGUUAUGAACGGACGUGUCAGGAGCGUCGGCUGAAAGCCCAGCAAGUUUUUAGAAAUGUAUUUUCAGCAAGGAGCCGUUUCCAAAGCUGUGUUUUUAAAGCUCAAAUGUGCAUUGUUGUGAUGCUAUGUCACACAAGCUGCUGUGUUUCACUGCUGUAUCCCAUGUACCCCCCCCCCGUCCCUUUUGAAUUCCUUCUCUUCAAAAUAGUUGUCUUUUAAGCAGCACUUUAUUUUUCUGUUGGGGAAGAGAGCGCUAAGUUUGAACCGCCAGGCGGCUGAAGUGCUGCUGAUGGAUUACUCUGUUCUAUCUAUUGAUGGGGAAUGUGUGAAGUGAGUUCACAUUUUUCAAUAUCUUGUGCAAUUAAGUAAACAUGGGUCAUGUUCUGAGUCAGAUCCUUUUAGAUAGAGCAAUAGAGCAAAAUCAUUCCAGAAUUGGCUGGUAUAUCAUUUUUAAAAAGCACUGGAACUUCACUUUGUGCCUUUUUUCACAGAAUCACCAGCAAAAUCAUUCAACUGCAGUACAUGCACUCCCCACAGACCGAUGUGGGUCGCUGAUGUCGAAACGGUCAUGUUGAUGUAAAUACAUCCAGUCUUCUUGGGCAUUGACUUCUGUAUUUGUGACGUUUCAUGGUUGAGGAGGGCUGCAUCGAAGACACGAUUGUAAAUAUGAAACACAGGUCACCCACUCCACACAUAGCAAAUAUUUAACUUUGACAUGUGUUUUGUGUAUUUUUUAACUUCAUAGAUAAGUUAUUACAAGUAUAUUGCUGUAGGUCUUCACAUGUGUAAAUACUGACACCGUUUUUUGUGGUGUUAGAUUUGUACAUGAAAGAAUUUGAGUAUGUUGUAACUCUAGUUCACAAAACUUUGUAAUUAUAUUUGCUAAAAACCAGAUGUAUGUGUGGUGUUGGAACAUGAGUCUACGGUGAGCUAUGACUUGGGCAAUGAUGUAAUGCAGAAAUGGUUUAGUCACUAAAUUAAAAAGUAAAUACAAACGUC